AUGCAUCAACAAUCCCGUCACCCGCCCCGGGUCUCCUCCCCCGCAUCCUCUCCCCAGACCAACCCCGCACGAACGAACAAUCAGAGAGACCGAGGCCGCGCCGGACUAGAAACAGCGGCUGAAGAUGGGGCGCCCGGCGGAUCGGACGGCUAUGACGCUGCUGGCACCGGUCCGAGUCGUGAAUCCAUCAAGAAGUUGGACCAGAUUAUCCAGAAUUUUUAUUACAAAGCUGCAGUACUUAUCCUACAAUCACGCCUUAACCUACCCCCCGCUGGCGGGAAGAGGGGGGAUGGGAAGAAAACAAACAAAUGGUUUUCUAUCGACACUGACGACAUUGAUGACUUCCGGGACGAACUCCGAGUCUACAAGACGUCUGGCAGUUUCGAGAACCGCCCCCCGCCCAUGAUCAUUGAGACUUAUAUUGAUGCUUCGGCCCUUUCCACUAGUCAGACUCUCGUGAUACUCGAUGAAAAUGGUAAGCGGUGGGAUGUGCUAGAAGCCCUGAACUCGUCCGAGUCGAGUGACGACAGUCCCAGGAGACGGCAGUCCCAGAAACGCAACACCGAGAUCAUUCUGGAGCGAUGGAGGGUCGAACUCAAGUGUCUUCCGAACCUUGGCCGGGACGAAUUCGGUCCUUCGCUUCCCACCAUCUAUAAGAGGAGCAUUGUCUUCUUCCGGUCGCUCUUUGUAACGACACGCAUCAUGCCAUGCUGGAAGUAUUCGCAGCAGGCAUUGGCAAAGGGUGUCCAUCCAGCAUUGGAAGUCAAAUGCCGCGUGCUAAGCUCUGAAUUGGAAUACACUACUUAUGACCCCUUGCGGCAGCCCCUGCAUGACGGAAGAGAUGCGGUUACCGAAUAUGUCUUCACAGAUUUGGAGGUGCCCGUCGGCCGCUUCUACGCCUCGGUAAUGUACCGCAACGACUGCAAUUUCCGGGUCGAUGACUCAGAGUCGCUGCUUAGUUCGCGCUUCAUGGGGGUCGACGAGAACUUUUUCAAACCGUCAAUACCGCCGAGGAGGGAACACGGCCACGGUCGGUCAGACUCGUACGCAGAACCGGGCUCAUUGCCGUCACACCGCCAGAACCGAGGGGCUCAGGAACCUCAGCAGACGUACGGUAGUUUAUCCACGUUUCACGGGCCCGGUGCACUGGGUACCAGCCCCAUCACUGCUUUGAGAGCAGUUCGCCCUAUUGGUUCAGACACGAGCUCGCCCUCAGCUUCAACGUCGACAAGCAUGGAGCAGCCCGAACCGCCGCAUUCGUUGCCAAUCCGGCCGCCAGCUCGACCCACAUUACGAACCUACGAGACCGCCAACAGGCGUCCAUCGGUUUCAUUCCAGCCCUUCAAGGCGGGCUCGCUCUCCGGAUCCCCAAGGAUUCCGGACUUGGAGGCGCCCGCAUCCCCUCAAUCACUUACCCGGCCCUCGGCGCUAAGCGCGCUCUCCCGCCCCGGAAAUCGCUCCUCACUCACAGCAGGGAUGGCGGCAUCCUUGCGCGGCCCCGGCACGGCAACUGCGCCCCAGGAUAUACCAACCGUUACAGGGUCGCCAAAGCCAACUGGCCGUUACAGCAGCAGCUUUACGCAUCGCAGAGGGCGGCCGUCGUUCGGGGGCCAGAGUAAAGGCGACGACGACCAGGCGAGCAGCGGCAAGCAGAGCCUGUCCUCUUCAGCUCAGCCAGGCUCCGGGUUACUGGCUGAAGCUGGAGGAGUGGCAAGCUCUGGAUCCUUUGUAACAGACGACGACAAUAUCUCAGAAUUCCUCAAGGCUCUUGACAGCCGGAAAACGCUCAAAAGCUUUGAGCCGAACAAGAAGGGGGAGACUUCGGCCUCUAAGAGAACAGCCGCACAGCUAUCCAGAUUUCAGCUCAUGCGCGAGUCUAACAACGCCCUCACCGACUCCAUGACCUCGUCCAUGCAGCUCCAACGCUCGUCAAGCUCGUCAAGCCGGCAAUUGACCAACGUUCCGAGCAUGGUAAACCCCGCAUCCGUGUCGGUCGCUUCCUCACCAGGCAAACCCUUAUCACCCCACACACCGCACACCCCCGCCAUCCCGUCCCGGCUGAGCGAAAAUUCUAUCAUCGACUACCAGGCCCCAGGCGGUCAUCAGCAGCAUCCCCACCACCAUCAGAGCAACAACCCUGAGAUUGUAGCCACAGAGGAAGAAGCGGAAGAUGACGAUGAGACUCCCAUGACGACUCAGCAGGGCGGCGCCACGGGAGGGACGACGGCCAUUGAUAUACCGCUACCUUUAUCGCCACGCUUACUUCAUGCCGGCGCCGGCAUGACCACCAACAGAAGAGCUAGCUCGGUACAUCGUUCGCUGGCGGGGGAGGUUGAUGAUUCGUAUGCCAGCCAGCCGCAGCGCAGUGCCAGUGUGGAGGCUGCCUCUGCCGGUGACCGUGAGGUUCCUACUUUGAGCGCCCUUCUGGCGUAUCAGCACCAGCACAAGCGGGAUGCGGAUUUAGAUCUGGACCUGCAAGGGAGAGGUGGUCGCAGUUCUGCCCGCCCGGAUGCUCCUGGCGGUAAUGGCGAUGGCGAUGAUGAUGGUGAUAACGAUGGCGGGAAUACUUCUGGCGGUGGCGGUGCUGGGAGCGGUGCCAGGAUCGGGUCUGGGUUGACUGGAGCAGGGGAGCAGCAGAGGAACACCGGGGAUACGGGUGCAAGCACGAGCAGUAGGGGCAUGGUGGGCCGGAGAUACCCUUCGGUACGCAGCUCGUUCCGCCGGCCGGGUUCGUUUGGGUCCCAUGCAGGACGAACGGGCGUUUAUGGAGGGAGCGUGGAAGGCGCAGAUGAGGAGCCGCUCCUUUUCGCUAUGAGCGAGUUGGAGCGGGAUUCCAGGAGGAGCUUGGAGGAAGGAUCCAGGCAGAACCAGGGGCAGGGAGAGCAGGGAGACAAGUUUGAGCCGAGGGGCGUGCUGAGGAAGGGAUGGUGA